AUGCGUUUUCUAUCGAUAGUGGCCUUCUGUAUCGUUUGUGUACAAACGAAAGUUUUUGCUGAAUUAAGUCCGAGCGCAUGUUCGCUCCUUCGAACAGCGACAAGUAUUUCGACCAUAGUACCUGAAAUUGCUCAACUUGCCAUGCGUUAUUAUCACGUAUCGUCAUCUCAAUCUGAACAUCAUCGUCAAAAACGGUUUCUUUUCGGUGACAGUCUUAAUCGAGAUAGUGCCGGAAAUCCGAAAGGAUCUGUUCUUGAACAAAUGGUAGCCAGUGCAUUCAAAGAUGUCAAUUAUACCAAAGUCGCAUUACUUAUCCUACACAACAAUGAGUCUAUGAGUAGAAUCCGACAAAAUAUUGACGGUGAAGUUAUUCUUCGUACAGCAUUGCAUAAUGUUGAUUACGAGAAGCUAGGCCGUAGUCUCUGGCAUGCCGUUGAAGCUGAAUUCGACUUGGAAUAUAUCGUUUCCAGUUUUAUCAAUGUCACACAGCUCGAUACAAUUCAUAAUGAAGUUGUUACAACUGGUGUCUUACCCGAUUGGGUGGUGAAACGCAUUCAUCCGAACUUGAAUGCUCAAACAGUCGAUCGAAUAUUCGAACAAUUGAAGAAUAUUUCGCAAAAAUUCUUUACCAUAAUGAAUAGCUCAACAAAUUUAGAUCAAUAUUUGUAUGAAACAAUUCGACAACAAGGACUUGUACCAAUGGAAAAUAUUCUUCAAAGAAUCAAAGUCGAACAACCAACGACAUUGGAUCAACUUGUUGAGAUUAUUUUGAAUAAUGUUAAUAAAGUUGUUAUGGAAAAACUUUCCGCCAUAAAUAAUUCAACCAGUGUCAAGAAAACCGAUCAAGAGUCAUCGGAAGAUACACAAACAACAAUGGCAACUGAUGUCGCAACUGGAGAUGGUACAUUUGAUGAUGUGAAAUUACUUUUCUAUCAAUGCUCAAUUGCUGUCGAUUCGAUUGGUCAAACAGCACGAGUUGUACUCAAAGCUCUCGAACAGCUCUAUUGUACAACAGUUUGGGAAUAA